CCCUCCACGUGACACGUUACCUCAUCAGGGAUGGACGACGAAUCCACAGCACCCGCGCUCUGAGCACUGGGCACGCUUCUGACGCUAGGGCCCUCAGUGCUGGGCACCUUGUGCAGCGGCUGGUGCUUGUGCUUGUGCUGGUGCUCGUGCUCGUGCUCCUUGGGCUUGGUCUUCUUGGUGCUAAACAGCCUGCUUAUGCGCUUCGACUUGUGCUUAUCCUUCUUCUCCUCCUCAUGCUUCCUCUCCUGGUCAACCGAGGCCCUUGGCGGCAGCGGCGGGCUCUGCACCGGCGGUGCCGGCUGGUCGCUCGCCGGCUGCGUUGCAGUCCUUUUCGGCAGCGGUGGCAGCGACGUCGUGGUGGCAGCACGCGGAGGAAUCGGCGGCAGCGGAUGGGCAGCCGGUUCAUUUGCGAUUUCCUCGACAAAGUCGGCCGGGAACAUGCCAGUACUGCCGUUGUUCUUGCCCAGGCACCAGCCGUCCGUCUCCUGGAUGAUCUCGACUAUGUCGCCGGGCUGCAGGGCCAGGUCGUCGUCCUCGACCGCCUCGAAGGACUGCAGCGCGCGCGCCAUGCGCUUCGGCUUCUUGGGCCGACGUGCCGGCGGCGGCGUCCGGUGCUCCUCCACCUUGCUGACGUAGUUCGCCGGGAACCACCCAGACUCGCCGGUCGUCGUGUUCACCCCCACCCACCACUCGCCGUGCUCAUCAUUCGUCACAUUGAGUGUGUCGCCGGGC